AUGACAAAACUAUUCACUAAACUAUUCAGGCUCUCGAACCCCAGCUCCAAGACAGCGACAGACAACAAAACUCCAAACAAGGUGGUGCUGUUGAUCCCAUACACUGCCAUACCACAACACUACCAGCCACCGUUGGGGAAAGGCGAUUUGAAUGAAGCUGGACUCGAUGUAAGCUUGGACCAUUUGGAAGUGUUUGAUGUCUUGUGUCGAGAUGCAGUAUUGUUUAUAUUGAGAGUUUUCCACUUAUUGCAAACAUUACAAAAUGGAGACACAAUCAAGGACGAUAAUGAGUUUGAUGCAGAAUUUGGAGCCAAGUUUCAUGAAAAGUUUAAACAGACUUUGAGCCAGUUACCGUACGUUAAUAAUAACAACAACACAUUUAAUCAAGACCAGAUUGAUGGACUACACUUUUUAUUUAAUGAUUUGAAGUAUACAUGGAAUGUCGUCACUGUGGCCAAUAGUUUGAAACUCGUAUUGGACGAUGUGUUAAAGCACAAUGUGAAUGAAUACUUUAAAAAGAUUUGGGCAUUUGAAGUAUCGGAGUCUGAUGAUCGAUUUUUGAUUGAUGUGUUUUCUGUCAGUUUAGAUAUUUGGGAACGGAGGGUUGUGGCAUUGGUAGUUUCAAAAGAAUAG